AUUAGAAAGUGGACAGUUCUUGCAGGGGAAAUUUCCUUGUUGCUUCUUCCAGGGAGAUUUAUAUUGCACAGCAAUAUUACCACCACCACCACCACCACCACUUCCUGUAGAUGCAUUCGGCUGUCCAUCUCUCUUCAAUUUAUUUCCUUUCCUACCUCUAUCUCAAUUUCCUCUCUUCCUACGACUUUGUUGUGGGAAUUUUCAGUGUCAUUGUUCUGCUACUUUCAUUGCCAUUUGUCACUUCUCUCUGCCUGUGAUCCAUUUUCCGGUAACUGAAUAUGAUCAACUACUUAAACUGAGUUACCUGGACUGUAAGAUCAAAUCAAAUUGUCAAAUAUGUGUUGACACGGUCAAAUAUCUGACCGGACACCCAAUUUGCAGCAACUGUUCUUCCUAUGGCAUUGAGCACCCAAAGAGCCCCUGCAUCUUUUCUUUUGAAUGAAUCAGCUUCUUUAUGGAAGUAUGAUGUGUUUUUGAGUUUCAGGGGUGUAGACACCCGCAGGGGCUUUGUAUCCCAUUUACACCAUGAAUUGUCCAAAUGCCAAGGAAUUACGACUUUCAUGGACGAUCGAGAGCUUGAAGGAGGAACAAGUAUUCAUCUUGAGCUCUCAAGUGCGAUCAAAGAAUCGCAUAUUGCAAUUGUUGUUCUCUCACCGAACUAUGCUUCUUCCAAAUGGUGCUUGGACGAACUUACAACCAUUCUUCGAUGCAUGGAAUCCAGGAACUCAGUUCUGCCGGUCUUUUAUCAGACAGAUCCAUCUGACGUCGGAAAUCAACGGGGAUGUUUUGCCGAAGCCUUUACGAAGCAUGAACAAAAUUCGAGCAGUACCGAAGAUAAAGAGAAGGUGGUCCAAUGGAAAGCUGAUCUAAAAAAAGUGUCCAAAAUUUGUGGUUGGCACUCGAAGGAAUCUAAGAGUGAAAGUGAGAUUAUACAACAACUCGUCAAAAGUGUGUGGAGGAAAGUGCAAGCUACAUUCCCGUUGUUAGAUUCCCCACAGGAGUUGGUUGGGGUUAAUUUUGGGCUUGAGCAACUAAGUUCGUUGUUAGCUCAUGAUGUCAAUGAUGUUCGCUUUAUAGGGAUAACGGGGAUGGGUGGCAUUGGUAAGACAACCCUUGCUAAGCUUGUUUAUGAUAGAAUCUUCCAUCAUUUUGAAGUUCACUGCUUUCUCGGCAACGUUAGAGAGGUUUCUAACGUUGAUCUUCAAAAAAGACUUCUUUUCCCGGUGUUGAGGGAAAAGAUCGAAGAAAUUUGGGAUGAAGAGCACGGAAUCAUUUUCAUUAAGAAGUGCUUACACAACAAAAAGGUUCUUCUUGUACUUGAUGAUGUGGAUUGUUGUGCCUUGGCCCGUUCGUUAGUGCGGAACCGAGAUUCAGAUUACAACCUCACCAAAAAUCACACACAGUUGAACAAAAUAAAGUACAAGAAAUAAAGACACAGAGAAAUUUACGAGGUUCGGCAAAAAAACUGCCUACGUCCCCGGAGAGAUAUUGCUCUUCACUAUGAAAAUAACAGUACAAGUAUACAUGAGUUAAAUCGAUAUAACUCAAUCCCAUAUCCCUUGUACACCCACUCACAGAAUUUUCCCAAGAGCCUCACUCUACCCCAAGAGUUCUUUCACUAGAAUACUUUUCACUCUAGCUCUCUUGAUUUUCUCUCAACCCAUGUUCAACCUUUUCCAUGGGAGAGCCGAAUGCUCUCCCCUUGGAUGCUCUCACAAAAGGAAUGCUCAAAAACAAAUGGUGCCCUUCCUUCUUUUUUUUCUCUUCACUCGGCUGCACCCUUCAUUCCCUUUAAAAACAACCAAAUACAAAUAAAAUAAUAAGGCUACUUGCUAGCCUUUCCUUUUCUCCUCAAAACAAGGAAAGCAACAAUGAUUUUGUCCACCUUAUUAUUUUAUUAGCCGAAAGUGGAUGUGAGUUGGCCACUUGGCCACAUAUUCCAACAAUCUCCACCUUGGCCAAGUUCCAAAAUUCAUUGGCCUUACGUACCAGCAUGCACACUCUGAAUCAACCUCGUUGGUCCUGUUCCGAUUCAGUCACUGCCAAUGCAUGUGCAGCUGCUGCAAGCUAAAAAUCACCAUUUAGCUUCAGACAGGAUCUCAACACAUCCUCGUCUCCUGCAGCAGGUUUUCCUCCUCUUCAUUGUCUGCAACCUGGAAACUCGUCAGCGCGCCUAUUUCCAGCAACAACCCAUCGAGCCAGACAAAAUUCCCACACUUCCUCCUACCUCAGGACCUUCUCAUCACCUGUGAAUCCCAUAGCUCCACCUGCUGCAAAACCCCUGCAACACUUGAGACUAAACAUCACCAGGAGAAGUGUUGCUUCGAGUACCUAGAGGGCAUACUCAAAGUCUUCCACCACAAACUUGCUAACCCAGCCUUGCACCCGUAGCACUGUGGACCCUUGCCUCCGGAACCGGAUCCGAACCUGCUGUCUCUCUCAGAUCCUCUUUCCAAUUUUCUUCCACGAUUUCAACCUUGAAUAGCUUAAGCAGUCUUGUGCCCACCAUCAUCCAUGGUCUCUUGUGUGUAUCAUUCCACACCAAAGAAGCUUGCACCUGCUCCAAACUUACUGUUUCUUUCCUUGCAGUAAAGUUUCACAAGGUUCUCGUACAAAUCUGAAAGUGAGGUAAGAAGAAAGAGGCCUUUGUCUUCUUCCUCAACAUCAACUUUCGUAGUUGAUCCAAGCAUCCCUAAACACGGCUUCCAUUUCUUCAGACUUCCAUUACUCUCCUUUACCAAGAGCAAAACCGCCUCUCCCUUUAAACUGCUCAACUGAAAAUUCCAUGGUGAACAACAAAUCUGGACCUCCAACGAACCAAAGCCCCCAACGAUGCUCUGAUACCAAUUGUUGUGCCUUGACCCGUUCGUUAGUGCGGAACCGAGAUUCAGAUUACAACCUCACCAAAAAUCACACACAGUUGAACAAAAUAAAGUACAAGAAAUAAAGACACAGAGAAAUUUACGAGGUUCGGCAAAAAAACUGCCUACGUCCCCGGAGAGAUAUUGCUCUUCACUAUGAGAAUAACAGUACAAGUAUACAUGAGUUAAAUCGAUAUAACUCAAUCCCAUAUCCCUUGUACACCCACUCACAGAAUUUUCCCAAGAGCCUCACUCUACCCCAAGAGUUCU